ACGUUUGAGAAGUCAAUGAGGAAUGUUGUACGAAGAACAUCCUAACGCAUUUAAUAAUAAACGCUUUUACUAUGUAUUAUCCUUGUAGAUUGCUGUCUUCCUUUCAUGCCUGUGGUUUGAAAUUUGAAAACAUGUAGCUGUGUAUAUAUAUGUAUCAGGGGAGUAACGCAGAAAAUCUUUUGAUGUAUUGAUUUUGUGAUAGAGCGAAAUGCUCAGGAGCGUCAAUACAUGCACGCUUACAAGGGUCUACAUAUACAAGAAAUGCCAAUCAUAAACGGCUAACGGAUUAUUAUUAGAGAUGCUUUCUUACAAAUCGGCGUAGUUGACGCAUAAGUUGGAGUGACGAGCUAACCGGACAGCACUUGAGAUUCUUUCCGGCGAAAGUUUCACGUCUGAAACAAUGAAAUUGUACCUUGUGGUUCCCAGUAGUUUUGUUUUAUUUACUCCGUACAGAUGCUCGUACUACUUGACAGUCUUGUGUAAUAUUAAGAACGUAGCAGUUGUAACAUCUGGAUGAGCAGCCGAAGGCGCAAUGUAGGGACCCGAAGUUUCCUCACAAUGGAAAGAAUAGAAGAUAUGUUGUUCUCAGCUAUCUCUAAGGGGGAUGUGCAUAAUGUUGGAUACCUUCUUUCAAAAGGUGCAAACAUGAAUGUCAUCUGUGGACAAGGACGUACAUCUCUGGGACUGGCUGCAGAGCUCGGUAAUACAGCAGUGCUCCAGAAAUUACUAGAUUUCAGUAAUGCACCAGCUAUUUACAGCCGAGAGCGUGAUAAUAGAAAACGUCGUGCAAAGAAGUGGAAACGUGAUCCAGAAUUGGGUGGGACACCAGUAAAUCAGAAUCAUACAGCUGCUGCACAAACUAGCACCAGUAAUCAAGCAGAGGUUCGCACUCCUGAAGGCAUGGAUGCACUAGAAUGGGAUCCAGAGAUGUCAGCAACUGCUCCAGGGCCUCCUGAUAAAGAUGAGGAACAUUGGAGUAGACUUUACAUGUGGUAUGCUGGUAUACUUGACAGAACUAGCACAAUGUAUGACAUACCACAUAGUUGUGAUGUAAAUCACCAGGAUUACUACAGUCGCUGUGCUCUGCAUUAUGCUGCAGAGCAAGGUCAUGAAGAUGCUGUUUUACUACUUACUGCUGCUGGAUGUCGUGUUGAUAUUGGAGACAAAGAGAACCGCACUCCUUUACAUCUAGCAGCUUCCCGUGGGCACAGUGCUGUAGCAGUCCACCUGCUUGACUCAGGGGCAGAAGUUAAUCGCAAAACUAGUGACAGGACCUCAGCAUUGCACAUUGCAGCUUCAAGAGGCUUUACGAACUUUGUACGUGUUUUACUGGAGCAUGGAGCAAAUGUUGAUGCACUUGAUGCAUCAGAUCGCACACCACUGAUGUUAGCAGUGUUACGUCGCCGUGAUCAAGUUGUGCGUGUCCUAGUUGAACAUGGUGCUAAAGUCAACAUUGAAGAAAUUCAUGGUUAUACUCCUCUUUGUGAAGCAGUUUGGCAAAAGAGUGUACCUAUGGUGAAAAUUCUUCUGGAUGCUGGUGCAAAAGUGACACAGUCUCACUACCUAUUGCAUUACGCCAUAAUGCAUCGCCAGGUAGACAUGGCACGUCUGUUGUUACAAGCUGGAUGUAUUGUCAAUUUGCGUGAUGACAAUGGUGACACACCACUCAUUGCUGCUGCUCGUACUGGAAAUUGUGAAAUUACAGAGUUGCUUUUAAAAAAUGGUGCAAAUGUCAACUAUUCAAAUGGUCUAACAGGGAGCGGACCACUACAUGAAUCAGUUGAAUAUACUCGUGACUCUGAUUUUCAGACAUUUGUUGAAAUGGUCAAAGUCCUCCGAUCACAUGGUGCUAUUUUAAAUGCACACUCUUUAACUGGUGGUGACACUCCUCUUUUUAGAGCCAUUCUUUUGCAAAAAUAUAAAGCUGCUGCUCUCCUGAUAAGACUUGGUUCUGAUGUCAACAUGUGUGAUGUUAAUAUAUGUGGUGUAGAUCUUGUUACUUUAGCUAGAAAAAGAAAUCACUUUGGGCUAAUUCGUAUGUUGAUUUAUGCGGGUUUUAAUCUGCAUCAGAAUUUUCCUGAAAUUGAACCUCCAAAUAACCCUGAUGCAUUGGACCUAGAUUCUAUUGAUGGUUGGAUGAAAUACAUGAAAUAUAAUCCAAUGCGUCUCACAGAUCUCUGCAGAAUAGUUUUAAGGAAACAAAUGGGAGAGAGAGUUUCUGAGGUUGUGUCAAAGUCAUUUUUGCCACAAAUAUUGAAGAGUUACAUGAUGUUAGAAGAUGUAUUGACAUAGCUGUUGUUAAGUGAGUGAUCUGUUAUUGGUCUAUGUACCUGGAGUAUAAUAAAAUCACCAUUAACUUUAAUAAAAAUA